AUGAGAUUCCUUCUAUUUGUGUUGCUCUUCUCAACUUCUCUUCAAUUGGUUUCAAGCUUAACUGCCCUUCAAGAAGCUGGCAAAGGAUUUUGGAUAUCUUUCGUUAAACAUCUUAGUCAGCGAAACCCUGAAAUUUUUCAUCGAGAUUUUCAAGUCAAAAUUGGCGAUCGGAAUUUUAACUACAGUAUGUGCCCAGUUUGAUGUUUUUUUAAGAUUUCAAAAUUUUAGAUCAAUUUGCGAAGGUCAUAAGAGAGGAAAGUGAUAAAGAGGUUCAGAAAAUGCGUGAUCUCUAUAAGGAUAUGUUAACAUACUCACAUUAUCAAUGGGAACAAGAGUUCAAGAAUUUUGAUGUGAAAGUCGCAGGAGAGGGUCUUAUUGACUUCAAAGGACCUGGUUUGACAGCCCUUUUGAAACAUACUCGCGACAUCGAAGGAGAUUACAAAGUAAUACAAAUGGUAAUGUAAUCACAUGUUUGUUUCUUCAAUAAAGUUUCUGCAUUUCAUAGUUAAGUAAUACCUUCCAGGUUAUAACGUUAUGAAUUGGGAGCUACAACUUAGCUCUUUCAAGAACCAGCUGAUUUUUAGUUUAACUGAUUGUGAGUUAAGUGAAAUUCAAGUUUCACUAACUUCAUGAUAAACAUUGGAAAUCUGACGACCAGUAAUUUCAGAGAGCUGGGAUGAAAAAGUUUAAGAGUCUCAAAUCUGUGCUCUGGAGAUUUGAAUGUUUAGGCCAAUGACUAUAACACUUAGUAUUGCUGAUAUCAAACUUGAUAUUGCUCAUGUUAAACUUGGUAUAACUUAUAUCAAUCUUACAAUUGCUCAUAUUAUACUUCAUCUUUAUUAUUAUUAA